AUGCCAGGAUCAUCAAACACUGAGUCUGAACCACUGCUUCCUAUUUCCAUCCCAUCUUCAACCGCACCUUCUCGAUCGCGCCUUUCAGCUCGAAGGUAUAUAACUCCCACUUCACCUAUCAAUAACACCAAGAACAAGGGCAAAGGGAAAGGGAAAGGGAAAGCCAGAGAAGAUGAUAUCGAAUCCGGUAUAACGUCGGUCUACAACGAUAACAAUGAAGAGGAACAAGAAGAACAAGAACAAGAAGAAGAAGAUGAUGGUAUAAAAUUGAAACGUAAAGUGGAAAAGAGAGGAAGACACGUUACGAUUAUCUUUAGUAAUGAAUCUGAUUUAACAGGUGGUGGGAACUUAGAUUGUUGGGUUGAAGAUGGUGAGAAUGUUGGAAGUGUAAAAGAUCAAAUCAAAACACUUCGACCUUCAUUACACUCUCAUAAUUUACGAUUAAUCCAUUCAGGUAGAUUAUUGACUGAUGGUAUAUUACUUUUACCAUGGUUGAGAUCAUUAGAAGAGAGAGUGAGGAGACAAGCUGCUGGAGUAGGUGGAGAUGUCGAAAAUGUUUUAAAGGAAGUUGGUUUGACUGAAGAUCUAUCUGAUUCUGAUCCUGAUCCUCGCGGCCAUGGGAAUGGCCUUGGCCUUGGCGUUGGAUCUAAUGAAAGUAGAAGCAAGAAAGACGAGAACGAAAGAGUCUGGUUACAUUGUAUCGUUGGUGGUAAAGAAGAGAAAUCGUCGUCAACAUCCGAACACGAAGAGCCCUCCGCACCGCGUAGAAGAGGAUUCGACGUUCUGCUAGAUGCAGGUCUAUCAGCGGAUGACGUGGCCGCUAUGAGAAGACAAUUCUACGAAAGUAGAGGUGAAGAAGUUCCAGAAGGUAUGGAAGGUGGUGAUGUCAACGACGAACACGCAAGAGCAUUGGAAGAACAAUGGAUAGAAGGUGACAUGACAGCUGAGACAGCUUCCACAACAUCCGAAGGAAUGUAUACAUCAAUACUUCAUGGACUUUUAACAGGCUUCUUAUUCCCUAUAUUACCUUGGUUCUUCUUUCGUGAACCACCUUUGCCUAAUUUCUUUGAUUCAGAAUAUCAAGCUAUUGAAUUCGUAAGAUCAAGAUCAAUAUCAAUAUCACCAUCAACUUAUGCAUCUGCAUCCACUUUGAAUGCGAACGGAAGUGGAGCAAGAGGAAGUUCGACAAGUGGACCUAAUCAAGGAGUAGAAAUUGAUAGACCGACAUCACCAAUUCCACCUUCAACAGCCACGACGACGACUAAUACCACACCUGCUGUGAGUACUCAAGAUAGACUAGUAAGAGCUGGUGGAAUUGUGGGAUUGGGUGAAGUCGUUGCAUCUCAAGUAUUUGGAAAAAGAAUGCAGAUGGGUAUACUCUUGGGUACUAUCCUGAAUAUAGCCUUUGGGGCUUUGAGAUUCCUCAACUAG